GGAGCGGCCGCCAUCUACACCACCCAGAUGGAUGACCACCUGGGCUCGGUGGCCGUGCAGCACCGCGAGGUCCAGGGCCACGAGAGCGAGACCUUCCACACCUACUUCAAGCAGGGACUCGUCUAUAACAAGGGUGGGGUGGCCACUGGCAUGAAGCACGUGGAGACAAACACCUACAACGUCCAGCGCCUGCUGCACGUGAAGGGAAAGAAGAACGUGGUGGCAGGAGAGGUGGAGAUGAGCUGGAACAGCUUCAACCGGGGGGACGUGUUCCUGCUGGACUUGGGCCAGCUCAUCAUCCAGUGGAAUGGCCCUGAGAGCAACCGAAACGAGAGGCUGAAGGCAAUGACCCUGGCCAAGGACAUCCGGGACCGGGAGCGCGGGGGCCGUGCCAAGGUGGGCAUAGUGGAUGGUGAAGAUGAGGGUGCCUCUCCGGGGCUCAUGGAAGUCCUCACGCAUGUGCUGGGCGAGAAGAGGGACAUCAAGGCAGCCACCCCUGAUGACAAAGUGGACCAGAAGCUCAAGUCCUCCCUCAAGCUCUACCACGUCUCCAACGCCAGCGGCAACCUGGUCAUACAGGAGGUGGCGAUUCGACCCCUGACUCAAGACAUGCUCAUGCAUGAGGACUGCUACAUCCUCGAUCAAGGAGGUCUCAAGAUCUUCGUGUGGAAGGGCAAGAAUGCCAACAAGGAGGAGAAGCAGCAGGCGAUGAGCAGGGCGCUGGGCUUCAUCAAAGCCAAGAACUACCCUGACAGCACCAGUGUGGAGACAGAGAAUGAUGGGUCUGAAUCGACCAUCUUCAGGCAGCUCUUCCAAAAAUGGACCGUCCCCAACCAGACCACUGGGUUGGGCAAGACCCACACUGUGGGCAAAGUGGCCAAGGUGGAGCAGGUGAAGUUUGACGCCGCCACACUGCAUGCCAAGCCCCAGAUGGCUGCCCAGCAGAAGAUGGUGGAUGAUGGAUCCGGGGAGGUGGAGGUCUGGCGCGUGGAGAACCAGGAGCUGGUGCCCGUGGACAAAAGGUGGCUGGGCCAUUUCUACGGCGGGGACUGCUACCUGGUGCUCUACACAUAUUUCGUGGGGCCCAAGGUGAACCGCAUCAUCUACCUCUGGCAGGGCCGCCAAGCCAGCACAGACGAGCUGGCCGCCUCUGCCUACCAAACCGUCAUCCUGGACCAGAAGUACAACAACGAGCCCAUACAAGUCCGCGUCACCAUGGGCAAGGAGCCAGCCCACUUGAUGGCCAUCUUCAAGGGCAAGAUGGUGGUAUACGCGGGUGGCACCUCACGGGAGGGCAGCAAGGAGCCCACACCCUCCACCCGCCUCUUCCACGUGCGUGGCACCAAUGAGUACAACACCAAGGCCUUUGAGGUGCCCGUCUGUGCCUCCUCUCUCAACUCCAACGAUGUCUUUUUGCUGAAGACCCCCAGCUGCUGCUACCUCUGGUAUGGGAAGGGCUGCAGCGGGGAUGAGCGUGAGAUGGGCAAGACAGUGGCCGACAUCAUCUCCAAGGCGGAGAAGCUAGUGAUCGCGGAGGGACAGGAGCCAGCUGAGUUCUGGCUGGCUCUAGGGGGCAAGUCCCAGUAUGCCAACAGCAAGAGGCUGCAGGAGGAGAACCCCUCCGUGUCUCCCCGACUCUUUGAGUGCUCCAACAAGACAGGCACUUUCUUGGCCACGGAGAUCGUAGACUUCACCCAGGAUGACCUGGAGGAGGAUGAUGUUUACCUGCUCGACACCUGGGACCAGGUUUUCUUCUGGAUUGGGAAAGGUGCCAAUGAGUCAGAGAAGGAGGCAGCAGCGGUGAUGGCGCAGGAGUACCUGCGGAGCCACCCCAGCGGGCGCGACCUCGAUACCCCCAUCAUCGUGGUGAAGCAAGGCCACGAGCCCCCCACCUUCACAGGCUGGUUCCUGGCCUGGGACCCUCUCAACUGGGCCGACAAGAAAUCCUACGAGGUGCUGAGGGCCGAGCUGGGGGAUGAGAGCAACCUCGGGCAGCUCACCUCAGUGGUCAUAUCCAGUCAAGAUGUCUUCACCACCACCACCCCCAUCCUUCCUGACAAACUCCAGAUCUUCCCCCUGGACGUGCUGGUGAAUACCUCGGCCGAGGACCUGCCGCGGGGUGUGGAUCCCAGCAGGAAGGAGUACCACCUCUCUGACCAGGACUUCGAGGCUGUAUUUGGCAUGAGUCGCUCCACCUUCAGCAACCUCCCCUUGUGGAAACAACAGAAGCUCAAGAAAGACAAAGGACUCUUCUAG